AUGGCUUUUCUGCCGCCUCCGCUCUCCGCCCCCACUGACCGUUCCUCUCACCACAAUGCCCUUCUCCACCCGCGCCUCCCAACCGCACCUCAUCUCCCCAGUCGCCGCCGCUUUCUCAAUCCAAUUGCAAGAGCUGCCCCAACCAAUGAGCCCUCUCACGCAUUAUCAGCCCCUGUUCCACGAUCCUCCCGUCGCGUCAAGCGCCGUCAGAGGCAGUCCUCCCCCUCUCCUUCCCCUUUCUUCCAACCGGACGCUGCCAAGUCCUCCACCACCCCAAUUCAACCCUCCCAAAAGGAAAGAAAGUAUGAGAAGCGCCGUGUCAUUCGCGCAACAUUUGAGCGCGCACGUCUAGAGGAGCGCAACGGCAAUGUCCCCAUCGCCCGUGCCCUGUACCGCGACUGUCUCGCCCUCGACCGCGGUGAUGCUCACUCUUGGCUCGCACUCGCUCGCUUGGAAGCUCGAGUCGGUGGUGUCAACCUCCGUGUCGGCAGCGACGCCAAGGAAAUCACAGAGAAGCAGUCGCACGCCGAGGGCGCCAAAGAGGCAAAGCGUCUCUUUGAAGAGGGGCUUCGCGAGUGCCCCGAUUCAGUCCAUUUGCUCCAGGCUUGGGCCGUUUUGGAGCAUCGCUGCGGGGACCGGGAUGCCGCCAGAAGGCUCUUUCGCAGAGGUGCGGAGCUCGAGCCCGGAAACCCUUACGUGUGUCAUGCAUGGGCCCUGCUGGAGCAGCGUGAGGGGAACACGGAGCAGGCCCGUGAGUUGUUCAAGAAGACCUUGCAAGUAGGCGCGCACCCUGAGGUUUGUGGCGCAUGGGCUGUAUUGGAAGCUCGAGAGGGGAAUAUGCAGCACGCUCGGCUUCUUUUUGAGAAAGGGUUGAAGAAUUGUAGGAGCUCAGAAGGGUCGUCCGCGUCCAACUUAUGGCGAAACUGGGCUGAGAUGGAGGAGCGGAUAGGUGAUCUCCCUCGAGCGAGGGAGUUGUUGUCGAAGGCCAUUACUUCGCAACCUCAUUUUACUGAGUCGUAUGUAGCGUUGGCAAAGCUGGAGGCACGGCGCAGUUGCACUACCCGAGCGCUGGAACUUAUCGCCACAGCCGCGGGGCUGUCUGCGAAGCCGCCCCCGGCUGUUUUCAAUGCGUGGGCGCAGAUCGAAUGGGCGUAUCGCGGGAAAGUUGACGAAGCCAGGUCUAUUUUGCAGAGGGGUCACAUGAUGCACCCCAAGGAUCCUGCACUGCUGCAGAGCUUGGGGAUUUUGGAGGAUAAGUGUGGCAAGACCGAAGUGGCGCGGAAACUCUUUUACAAGAGCGUUUGCGUAAAGCCCGCCGGCCCUGCGUUUGUUGCUUGGGCGCUACUCGAAGAUCGCGAAGGAAAUUAUGAGGAAGCUAAUCGGCUUUUCGAGGAGUGCCUCACUAUUGAUCCUUUGCAUGGUGCGGCGUACAACGCGUACGGGAUGAUGGAAGCUCGACGCGGGAACCUUGACAAGGCGCGAAGCGUGUAUGGUAGAGGAUUGAAGGCUUGCGCAUCAUCUUCGGUUUGGCAUGGAUAUGGUCAGCUCGAGCUGAAAUUGGGUGGUGACCCCGCUCGAGCGAGAGAACUGUUCCGAAAGGGCACUGAAAAGACUCGUGGGGACACAUCAUUCAUUUGGCACUCCUGGGGAAUGUUGGAGCUGACUGAGAAAAGGGUCAUAGAAGCACGUCAGUUGUUCAAGAACGCCUUAAAGCGUUAUCCAAGAAAUUCGAGGGUCUUAGUCGGGGCCGCCCUUGCAGAGGCAGCUUCAUGCCCGCAGUACAUCGCAGACAAAAACUCUGCUCGUGACUUCUUUAAACGAGCCGUAGCCGCGGAUCCGACCCAUGCACACGCUUGGCAGGCCUGGGGAGUUUUUGAGCUCCGCAGCGGUAGAGAAGAUGCCGCUAGAGCUUUGUUCAGGAGAGGGUUGCGAUUGUGCCCAUCUCAUGGUGCCCUUUGGCAAGCAUGGGGCGUCUUGGAAGCCGCCAAAGGUGACUUUGGGAAGGCGCGAAAGUUGUUCACCAAAGGCACCGAGACUAGUCCCGCGCAUGUGCACUUGUUUCAGGCCUGGGCAUGUAUGGAAGUCAGGGCUGGCAACAUAAAGAGGGCUCGAGAGUUAUUGGACCGUGCACUGGAGUUUGAUGUAUACCAUGGACCGGUCUGGAAUGCUUACGGACUGCUCGAGGCGCGCCACGGCACAGUUGCAAGUGCUCGCCAAGCUUUUGUCACCGGCAUAAGGAGGGCUCCUGGUCAUGCACCUCUUUAUCGCACUUUUGGACAAACUGAAGCGAGAGCGGGAAACUACAAAAAGGCCCGCGAGUUGUUUCGGAAAGGCUUGACGGUUGAUCCUCGACAUGCUCCGUUGUACCAUGCGCUUGCCAAAUUCGAAGCCAUGUUCGGGGAUGUCACAGCCCUAGCAGAGCUGAAAGUGCAAGCCGAACUGUACUUUGGUUCUGAAGCGGAAGCAGAUCGAGCAUUGCAAAAUGGCGAGGAGAGGAACAUACCGCACCGAGGUGUCAGUGAAGGUGAAGAAGAGGAAUAUGGUUCGGUGCCAAAUCCAAUGGAGCUAGCUCUUGAAGGCGAGGCAUUUGAUGUGUAGAAAUCAACAGCGAACUUAUCCACGCUUGUUGAACAAGAGAACUUCCUUACGCACUUGGUCUCGGUCUACACGCAGAUGAUUCAUUCAAGAAUAGAAAUACGGUAUUGUAAUCCCAUGUGAAACUGGGACGAUACAUGUUUGUUUCCGAAUCGUUUUUGGUCAGCUUAACAUUUGGUUGCCCACAUAAACAUAAACAUCCCACGUUAAUCUACUUCUUGGCGGCAUGCUGUGGUCAUGUAUGAGCAAAA